CAAACAGUAAAGAUAUAUAUAUUUUAGGCACACACGAAUUGACUUGCAACAGAAUUACAAAUAAAAAGCAGCCACGAAUCGACAACCGAUGGCGUCUACAACAACAGUCACAAAUCUGACCUCUUUUCUCCUUGUGGGUCUCGCUAUUUUCUUGUUUUACAGACACCCUUCUUCUUCUCUCACUCCAAACAUCAUGUCUCAACAACAACAAACCCCCAAAUCCGUUCACCAAUUCACCGUCAAGGAUAUUCGCGGAAAUGAGGUGUCAUUGAGCUCUUACAAGGGGAAGGUUCUUUUGAUUGUUAAUGUUGCAUCUAAAUGUGGACUAACGGAGUCAAACUACAAAGAGUUGAAUAUAUUGUACCAAAAAUACAAAGAUCAAGAUUUUGAAAUCUUGGCUUUUCCAUGCAACCAGUUUCUUAGGCAAGAGCCAGGAACAAAUGAAGAAAUUCAAGAGACCGUAUGCACGAGAUUCAAAGCCGAGUUCCCGAUAUUUGACAAGAUUGAUGUCAACGGAAACAAUGCAGCACCCCUUUACAAGUUUUUAAAAUCCGAGAAAGGUGGUUUCUUGGUUGAUGGCAUAAAAUGGAACUUCACCAAGUUCUUGGUGAACAAAGAAGGAAAAGUUAUCCAAAGAUACGGUCCUCGAACCCCGCCUCUAGAAUUCGAGAAAGAUAUUCAAGAUCUGUUGAGUUCGUCAUCAUCUUAAGAGACAAGAAAAGAGAUAAUAAACAAUGGGAUGUGCACUUGAAGAUUGGUGGUUUUGGUGUAUGUUUUAGUGAAUGUCUCUUUAUGAUGUUUUUAUUGUAUGUGCUUAUGUGUUUGUAGUUGAUGAAAUAAACAAUACUUCUAUCUUCUCUUUUGUGCUAGAAAACUAUAGCCUAUUAUAUAUCCAAUUUCACACCCUUUUACUAUAA